GACAGUAGCUGUGGAGUUAACCUGCCUGGGUGCCUGGCUUAACCUAAUUUCUCUGUCAACAACAGCUCUUCCGAGGCGAGGAUCUAAUAGCUGUUUCUAAAAGGGCCCCAGAAUGAUAAAUCUGAGCAAGCGGCUGCCUUUUAGGGGCAUUGAGAAGCAACUGACAGUAGCCUAUUCCUCUGCCCCCAAAGAGCAACAUGACGAGUUCAAGGCGCUGAAUUUGUACAAAGUUAAAGGAGCGGAAACACCCCGAAGGAUACCCAGGAAAACACCAGUUUUCGCCCCCAGGACGACUCAAAUGGCAGUGGAUCAGGACUGGGGCAGCGUGUGGCCCGGCCCCCGCUCCUUUCACCCGGCCUCUGUACCCCUACCGGUCAGGCAGGGCUUCACUGAGAAGGGGGCUCCGAUCCCCGACAAAUACGCCAAUGCUGAACUGAUGAAAAUCCCCAACUUCCUCCACUUAACGCCGCCAGUCAUUAAGCGGCAGUGUGAGGCUUUGAAGAAGUUCUGCACGCCGUGGCCUGCGGCCCUGGACAGUGCCGAGAAAAUUCAGCAGCAUUUCCCGCUGGAAAUCACCAGCAGCGACUACUGCCACAGCAGCCCCUCGAUUAGGGAUCCGAUGGCGAGAAUAGUUACGUUGCGGUUCAAAUUGAGCAGCCUCCAUUUGGAAAGCAGAGCAAAAGACAAGUUUCUAAGAUUGGUAGGGGACAAAUAUGUUAAAGACACUGAUACAGUCACAAUAGUUACUGAUCGAUGCCCUUUGAGGAAACAGAACCUGGACUAUGCGAUGUAUCUACUCACAGCUUUGUAUCAUGAAUCUAAGAAAGUGGAGCCGUGGGAAGAGCUGAAAUCUGAAGCCGACAUGGAAACCUAUAUAUGGGAGAACAAUGCAUCCAAACAAGCAGUUGAGAAAAUAUUUGGCGUCGCAGCCGAGCAAGUUCCGAACAUCAAACAGUACUCACAAGCGGUCACUGACUAUAUGAAUGAAGGUGAAAACGAUUACACCAUAUCAAAGUACGGCUUGAGCGUUAGAGAUCUUCUCAACCUACCCCAACCAAUCAGUUAAUUAGUUUUGGUAAGGUUCAUUUAGGACUGUCUUCUCAAACACGCCAAAUUUCCACAAUAUCUAGCGUUCUAUUGAUAAUAAACAAUAUGGCAUUUCUACUCUA